UAAUCCCCGUGUCGCUCUUCGUCAACGCACGCGCACUUGAUACCGCGGCCGGUAUAAAAACCCACGCGCCCUUGCGCUGUGCCAUUUCAGUUACAAACUUUAUACAAAUAACUUAAAAAAAUGGACGUCAUUCUAAGGCACGAGCAUGACACGAGCGAAGUUCUUGUCGCGAAAGGAGUGGCCAUGGCGGUCCUUUUCGUCUCCUCUUUGAUUUGCGGCAUAAUCCCCAUGCUGCUCGCGAAGAAAUUUAAAUGGGUACAACCUGAUGAUGCGACCGAUCUCAAGACCAAAAAUAAAGUGAUAAUAACCUUACUAUCCUUCGGAGGAGGUGUCCUGCUCUCUGUCACCUUCAUGCAUCUGAUACCCGAAGUCACUAAGAAUGUGGAGUCCUUGGAAUGUGAUGGAGUAAUUCGAGAGCUAACUUUCUCUCUAACACCACUACUGACAUGCUGUGGUUUCUUCACCAUGUAUUUAAUAGAGGAAUUAGUGCACCUCUAUAUCCAUCGGAGAGAGAAGAACAACAAAGCUGCGGAUCCACUGGUACGCAAUUUAAGCAUCCGACGAAGCAAACGGAGCAUCGACGAGAACGGCAUAAAAAGCGUUACCAAUUCUACUGCUGAUUUGGUUGAUAACGGAUAUAAGAAGGAUGCGGAACAUCAACACGCACACCACAGUCACAUGCCGGUCGAAGCAGGCGACAACAUCACCUCCGCUUUACGUGGUCUCCUCAUUGUCCUGGCUUUGUCAAUCCAUGAGUUAUUCGAAGGCUUGGCUGUAGGCUUGGAGUCAGGUGCUCAUCAUGUCUGGUACAUGUUAGGCGCAAUAGCUGCACAUAAGUUGGUUAUUUCAUUCUGUAUUGGUGUAGAAUUGAUAGCCACUCGUACUAAGACUUGGUUGUCCAUUAUCUAUAUCACAACAUUUGCCUUGAUAACAUCUUUGGGUAUUGGAAUUGGUAUUUUGCUGGUGGGAGGAGAGGGCGCCACUGCAGCGGGUCUCACUUCAGUAAUUCUCCAAGGACUAGCGUCGGGCACCCUACUCUAUGUAAUCUUCUUUGAAAUUUGGAAGUCUGAUCGGUCUGGAAUGUUGCAAUACUUAGCGGCUCUCGUCGGCUUUGGACUUAUGUUUGGAAUUCAAUUAGCUGCUGGACAUGUCCAUAGUCACAGCCACGGUUGUGACCGCGACCAUGACCACGAUCACAGCCACGAAAGCCACGAGCACUGAUAUCGCUCAAUCAACAGUCUUGAAGCGUAACCUUAUUACUGUUAUAAAACAAGCAAUGGUUGUGAUUUAAUAUACAUAUAAUAUAUAUAUAUAUAUUUAGUAAAAGAUUUUGUAAAAUGUAAGCAACAUCAGUUGGGACAUAUUUUAAUGACUGUUUCACAUUUCUGAAUGGUAAUAAUAUUUUAUACUCAGUUUACAAAACAAUGGGCAUACGCAACAAACGAUGUGAAGCCACUUUUCAUUUCUUGUGUGCGUGACAACUAGGAAGGGCUAGAGGUGGGCGUUUAAACGAAAAGCACUUAAAAAAGUUUGCUUUUUAAAAUAAGCGCAUAAGCACGCUUUUAAUUUUAAGCGUAAGCGUUGGUCACUGGUCAGUUCUAUACUCAACAAUUUCAUUUUUUACAUCUGGCACCACCGCUAUCUAUAUUUACAUAAAGAAAACAGUAAAAUAAAUUAUAAGUUUUUCUACUUUCAGUGCGUUUUCGAAGAUUCUUUUGAACAUAAAGAAAAAAUAUAAUAUAAGUGUGAGUAAAAGAGAAAUGCUGUAUGAAGUAGGUACCUAUAAAGUUUUAUUUACAGAACAAAGUCGCUUAAGGUUAAAAUAACAUAGCCAACCGUUAGCCGCGACGACGUAACGGCGACGCGACGUUUUAAAACUGAUUACACUCUCUAGUCAAUUGAAUAACUCUUGAUAGUUCAGUUUUAUGUAACAAUUUCAUAACAAUUUGCAUAAAAUCUUAUGCGUACGUUUUGAAAUAAAUCAUUGAUUAAAAAUAUGUUGCUGUAAAAUUACAUAUUUCAUAUUGACACAGUCUUUACAUCAUGUAAGUAGGUAAUGCAUAUUAUAAGCAUGCAAAGUUAUCGACCACAAAUAAUUUACUUAGAUAUUUUGCAGAAUAUUAUUUAUUAGCAUAUUAGCAUUUUUCAAUGUUUUCGUAAAUUUACUAAUUAGAUAAUUAAGGUAGUAUACCUUCAUGUAAAAGCGUUACAUUAACUGUUUGCGACAGUAGUAUAAUAUCAUUGGUUUGCGACCUGUGAAAAAGUUUUCAAUUUUAAAUUAUUAUGUAGUGCAUUUUAAUGUGAUAUUUUCGACAAUAAUGCAGUUGGAUUUUUAUAAAAAAAGUCCCACCGUCUGAAUUGAAAACUAUUUUCUAGAUAUUGCAGUUCUGACAAACUUAAUCAGUUCAUUUUUAUUUUUUGCUAUUGGAUAAAUCAUUUGAUUAUUUGAAUUACUGUAGAACCGCUAAAGGUGCUAAUGGGGAUAACAUAAGCAAGAUAGUUUAAUCAAUUUAUUAAAUUGUAAUUUGUAUAGUUAGUGUUUUCUACGAAGAAUUUACUGUUUGGUACAUUUUUACCGUAUUAACGUGCGUUAGUAAGUAUUGUUACACUUGUCUGUGAUAUUGUAUGAAAAAGAAGCAGGUGGACCGAAAUACAGUAAACUGUGCGUACUGUGUAUUCUUAGGUCUGAUUUCGCUCGUUAGCGCUCGAUUCGUGACGUUGAAGUACAAACUUCUAGCAAUGUAUACUUUGUACUUUUGUAGAACUUCGUAAUUAAGAUAUAACUUUUAUUAUUCUUUGUAAAU